GGGAGGAGGAGGGGGAGCGCUCCCUUCCUCUGCGCCUGCGCCGUUCGCCCUUUCCUUUUCUGCCCUUUCGGCGGCCCAGACACGCGACCGCUGCCAUGGGACACCAGCAGCUCUACUGGAGCCACCCCAGGAAGUUCGGCCAGGGAUCGCGAUCCUGCCGCGUGUGCUCCAACCGGCACGGACUGAUCCGCAAGUACGGCCUCAACAUGUGUCGCCAGUGCUUCCGCCAGUACGCCAAGGACAUCGGCUUCAUUAAGUUGGAUUAAAUACGUGUCUACAGAAGUGGUUUGAGGCGACUGGCAAGCUGGAAUAUGUGGCUGGAUGAACUGUUCUUGCUAUCCUUACCGUUGUGGAGAGUUGUCCACCCUGACUCUCAAAUAUUGUAAUUUCUGUUUGUUAAUGCUGAUGUGUUAAUUAUAUGACAGUCAUAUUUAAUACAGUUUGAAGCCUGUUUGGUUUCCUUUCAUUGUUUAAUAAAAAUCAGUCAUCCUCAAAUGUAUUUGUGAAGA